UAAUUAUUUUAGAGUGCAAUAUUGGGACAAUAUGAUCAAUUUUUAAAGUGAAAGGUUUUCUUAAACAGGUUGAAGGUUUCUGAUUAAAUUUUAAAAGUAGUUGGAGUUUUUGAAAUUAGCCCUUUUUUUAAAAAAAAGAAAAGAAAAAAAGAAGAAGACCAUAGUAACUACUUAACACCAAUAUUUUUCCGGCAUCAAAGAAGUCUAUACCUAAACAAAUAUUUUUCCCGCGUCAAAGAAGUCUAUAAAAUUGACCUAAACCAAUAUUUUUCCCACGUCAAAGAAGUCUAUAAAAUAGACUUAAACAAAUGACCAACUUCAUUCAUAAUCCAAAAGACUCUUCCUUCUUAGUCAUGGCACCAAAAUUAUUUCAGCCCUUCUCAUGCAUUUUCCUUUUUUUCGUACUUCUAAUUCCUCUCUUAUCUCAUGCACAUUCUUCCCACUCAAAGGCCAAUAAACCAUCACCAUUUGAAUUCCUUAAGCAUUUGCAAGGGUGUCACAAGGGUGACAAUGUUAAGGACCUCCAUAAGCUCAAAAAAUACCUUGAAAAUUUUGGUUAUCUGAGCAAUCUCCAUUCUAAAAACCAAACUCAUUUCAACAACGAUGACUUUGAUGAUCUCUUAGAGUCCGCCAUCAAAACUUACCAGCUCAAUUAUCAUCUGAAAGCCACCGGAACAUUGGAUGCUCCAACGGUAUCCAAGAUGAUGAUGCCCCGGUGUGGGGUUCCAGACAUCAUCAACGGCACGAAUUGGAUGCAAGCUGCAGGCAAGAAGGGGCAUCAUCAUGGCCGUGGUCUCCACACUUUCCAUACAGUCUCUCAUUUUGCUUUCUUUCCGGGUCACCCUAAAUGGCCGGCAUCGAAGACACACCUUGCCUAUGGGUUCGCGCCAAACACUCGCACGGACGCCAUUGGCAGCGUGACACGAGCUUUUGAUAAAUGGGCUUCUGCAACACACUUCACAUUUGCACAGACUCAGGACUAUGCAAAUGCCGACUUAACAAUUAGUUUUCACAGUGGUGAUCAUGGAGAUGGACACCCGUUUGAUGGCCCUCGCGGAAUCCUAGCUCAUGCUUGGUCGCCAACUGAUGGAAGGUUUCACUUUGAUGCAGACGAGACAUGGUCUGAUGGUGCAACUUGGGGUGCAUUUGACUUGGAGACAGUUGCUUUGCAUGAAAUUGGACACCUUCUUGGACUUGAUCAUAGCUCGGUUGAGAAUGCUAUCAUGUAUGCAUCCAUUGCUAGUGACAUCACAAAAGGUUUGCAUGAGGAUGAUAUUAUGGGAAUCAAAGUUUUAUAUAAUGUUUGAGAAGUGAGUGAUCAUUUGUUUUUCAUGUUUCAAGUACUAAAUUAUUACGGGGUCAAAUAUUGUGGACUGCCUUUCCAAAAGAAAGUGAAAUAAAAUAAUUAAAGCUACAUACAAUUUUUAUUUACAAAAGAAAAACAAAAACUGGAAUCACUUCCUGAGCUUCAAUGACA